UUUUUAUUAGAUAUUCUUGCUUUCUAUAUAACACUCCCUUUAUUCCACCAAAGGGGUAUUGGAAUGUUACAAUUACAUCACCUACUAGAUUACCCUACCAAACCCCACCAACCACUCAGUCCUCACCAACACUUUCCCUACAAACACAUAGCUUCAUAGGAAUAGAACCUGCAAGUACACACAAAACAUCAUCAAAUACUAUUGGUUUGUUCAUUUAUUGGUCCCACUACUCAGUUUUACCUUAAACAACUCCCUCUUUCUCAUCUCACUUAAUGCAUUGAACAGAUUCAAUGCCCAAAACGUUGGAGCUGAGAAGAUGCAGAAUUCAACAGAAAAAGAGGUGGGUAUUAGUCUUGAUUAUUGGAUGAAAUGGCAAGUCCCUGUUUGUGCCUUCAUAAUUCUAGUCCCUGCUUGUGUUUCUAUCUAUUUGAUCAAGAAUAAGUCCAGAAUUCCUGAAGCACAGAAUUCCAGUGAGUUAUUAUGGGUUCCUAGCUGGAGAAAGCUGAGCCCCAAAUGGCUUCUAUUUUACAGAGCUUUAGCUUUCCUUAUUAUGGCUUUUCUUCUCUUCCAGAUGAUUCUUUUUUCUGGUCUUUUUGCUUUCUAUUUUUAUACCCAGUGGACUUUUACUUUGGUUAUGGUGUAUUUUGGGAUUGGGACCAUUAUUUCAGCCCAAGGAUGCUUUAAGUCUUCCAAUAAAGCCCAUCAAGGCGCAGGACUUUUGGGGACUCUUAUGUUAGUCAUUUAUCAGACUUCUGCAGCUGCUUCCGUGCUCACAGACUUGGUUUUUUGGGUCAUACUGGUGCCCAUGAUGGCCGGAAAACAAUUUGAGCUGACCUUGUUAAUAGGAUGUAUUCACUCGCUCAAUGCUGUCUUCCUUCUUAUCGAUUCUCUUCUUAACGCUCUUCCUUUUCAAUGGUUCGGCUUCAACUAUUUCAUACUUUAUAGUAUCAUCUAUGUGACAUUCCAAUGGAUUCUUCAUGUUAGUGGUUCCAAUUGGUGGCCUUAUCCGUUCCUUGAGUUAGCAACCCCAACCGCUCCUCUAUGGUAUCUUGGACUGGCUGUCGUCCAUGUUCCAUGCUACGCGGUAUACCUAUGGUUCGUACGAGGAAAAAACUGGAUGUUUUCGAAGUUGUUUCAGCAAGCAUUCGUGACCAGGUCGUUAUAGCUUGGUUGAUCGUAUCUUAAUAUAGAAACUUUAUCGAUCACAGCAGCAGAAAACUUCCUAAUGUGGUGGAAUGGUGAAGAUAUUGGGAAGGCAGAUAACAAAGAACAACAUAUGGUUUCCAACUUUUGCUUUACAUGUUCUUGGCUAUUGACACUAUAAAGAGACUAAUCCUAGCUUUUAAAUUUGGUGUGUCCAAUAAUUGGAUUCAAAUACUGAUUACUUAUUUGUUAUCCACGUCUAAAAAAAAAAAAGAAUAUAUAUAAAUUAAUAAAUUAGAGGAGUAAUUCCUAUUAUUACCAAUUAGUUUUAGUAGGAAACUUCUUUGAA